AUGGAGGAACUAAUGAAACUGAUAUUAUACAUUGAUUUAGAAAAUGAAAAGAAGGCUCAAAUAAUUUGUAGAACUUUAGCAGUCGACAAAGAACCGUCGAGGAGCACAGCUAAACGAACAUACAAUGUGCAAGGGCAUCAUUUGGUUGUUGAAGUCGUGAGUCUGGAUGCGAAAUACCUUCAAAAGUCAGUCGACAAUUUAUUCGACAUGUGUUAUUUAGCUAGACAAACAAUCGACGAAGUUACAAGAUAUCAUUUACAAGUAUCCAAUAGUUUCACUGAUGCUCUUGAUAGGAGUUGA